AUGGCCUCCGCAACGCCCACCGCCUCUGUCAUCAAAGCCGCCGUCAGUCAAAACAGCACGAGCAACUCUGACUUCAUCAAUUUCAUCGACCACUCGGGCGACUUCUUUGGCAACGCACUGGCCGCUACUGGAGUUGGGCUUGUCUAUUUUGCCAUUGCGACGGUCACUGGCGCCUUUUUCACGUUUGCAGUAGGAUUUCCAACUACAGUCGUUGUUCACGUUCUCCUGUACUGGCUCGCCAGAGAUUGGUAUCUUGGUGUACCAGCGAACGACCCGCAAGCGCAAUUUGAAAUUACGGGUUGGAUUUGCGGCGUGAGCGUUGCAGUCACGCAAGUCGUCAUGUGGGCUGUGCUAUACUUCCGUUAUGGAUACAAGUCGGACGACGCAUGGUUCGGGGCCAUGGCCGGAGUUGCUGCGUCCGUAGGAAUCGUCCUCGCAGUGGUCAUGGUACUGUCCUUGUUGUUCGCCGGGCUCCGCAGCCUGUACCGUUGCGCUACCAAGAACUCCGCCAAACCGAAGCAAGAUGUGGAGAGUGGAGAGGAUUUGAUGGCGGAAGAGGAAGCUAAGGGAACGGAGUCGGGAUUGGUUUCUUAA